UCUCUCUCUUUCUGUUGUCGCGACGUCUUCGUCACUAUCGUCCUUACUGUUGCUGUCCUAUUCCUCUUUGCUGCUUGUUUUAUAGCGAAUGUCGAGUGCACUUGAUCGUCAGGUUCGCCCCAUCUACGAUGCUCUCGAUACUGGAUCGAACAAGUCAGCCAUUGUAACGUGCAACAAGAUAUUGAAGAAGCAGCCCAAAAAUGAACUUGUAAAGGCAUUGAAAGCUUUGGCACUAGUCCGAUCCCAGAAGGUCGAGGAAUCGUUGGUCCUUUGCGACGAGGUGCUUGCAGGAAAGCCGACUGACGAUGGCGUUUUGACUGCCAUGAUGCAUGUUCUCCGCGGAUUGGGCCGACACAGAGAUACUGUCGUGAUGUUCGAGGAGGCAUUCAAAAAGGAGCCUACCAAUGAAGAUCUAGGCGCCCAAACAUUCUUGUCCAAUGUUCGCGCUGGCCAUUGGAAGUCUGCUCAACAGAUUGCAACCAAGCUGUACAAAACAUUUCAGGAAGAUCGGUAUUUACUCAUCUCUUCCUCGCCAACACCUUCCUACCACAGUGCUGACCGAUUUCACCUCCAUCUCUCCAUCCUUCGUGAGCUCAAACUCUAUGAUGAAGCCAUGAAGCUUCUAGACAGCGAGAUUGGCACCCAUAUUUGUGGAUCCAGCCUUGUAUGCAAUGAAAUGAGACGCGACAUUUACCGUCUAAAAGGACUACUCAAAGAAGAGGGCAAAAAAGCCGAAACGCUAAUCACGGAAAAGAAAGAUCGCAAUUGGUUGGAAUUCCUUGCUGUCAUUGACGCGACUUUUUCUACCGUGGAUUCUGAUAAAAAUGUUGCUGUGGCUGAAUGCUCCAGGGUCAAGGAUAUCUUUACCUGCAUCAUGGAACAAGAUGGCAAGAGAGACCGUUCAGGGCUCCUUGCGCUUCUUGAACUGGAGAAACGGUGUAGGAAGUUCGGUCUAUCAACAGAUUCCACUCGAAUGGUCGACCUAAUACAGCAAUACUUUGAGAAAAUUGGCGACAAAGCAUGCUGUUUCGAGGACCUCUUGCCUUAUGUCGAUUUAGACGGCGAUGAUUUAUCAAGAUGGACGUCGUACCUAAAAUCCGUUCCCUCCACCCUUACGACUAUCAAUGAACUUCAACGAUCAACGAAUUGUCACAAAUUACUGCGCCAUAAUCUUUCCCAAUCUGAUCUUACGAUAGAAGCGGAGCGCUCGCGCGCCAAUCUUUAUACAAAACAAUACUUGGAGGGUCUUCAACUAGGGAAGGACCUACCAACUACGGAACUUCAACCUGCCGAUGAUCUUGCUAUUUUGGCCGGACAUGCCUUUAUCAGCUUGUGGGUCUUGAGUAAGGACGAAAAAUAUCUUCUCAAUGCAGUCUCCCUCCUCGAGUUUGCUUCGUCAAGAAGUAAACAGUCAUUCCGUAUACGGUUGAUGUUGAUCAGGCUAUACCGGAUACUUGGUGCACCAUCACUCGCUCUGGAGUACUACCGUGCGAUGCGGAUUAAACAGAUUCAAAAUGAUACACUAUCUCACUUCCUUUUCUCUCGAUCAUCAAUAUUCUCUUUGGCUCCCUCUGGAGACCUGACUCUUAUGAGCGAGUAUAUUGAAGCCUCCCAGAUAUAUAUCAAUAACUCCCAAGACGUAAUUGUUCUCGUCGAUCACCGAAUCCCCGAAUUUAUAUCGUUUGAGAACCGGCUAGAAUGCUCUCUUCAACGAGACAUCUCGAAAUUGGAGCAUACACGUAUGAGGCUUGCUUUUGAGCCGGUCUCCAUCGAUGUUAUCGACAUGGAGCUCAUUGAGUCCAAGUUCAUCUUCGAUCGACAACACUUUGAUAACCGUGACUACAACGUUUUGCCCAAUUACCAACCCCGGAUCCAACAAUCGUUGAAUGAACAGACCCUCUUAUUUGGAAAAUCAGAAGGGUCGGGCUGGCUGUGGUCGUUCUUAAAGCUGUAUGUUAGGGCCUUCCAGCAUGGAAGCGACCUCGAUGAAACCGUCGAAGAAAAACUUCUCAUCGGAGACCGUCCGAAGCACAUCCCAGACGCCAACCAGCCUCCUCUGAAGGAGCGUUUGUGCCAGCGAAGCGAAGAAGAGCUAUCGGAGUUGACACCACACGAGUUAACUUACAUCCGCUACGCUGAUGUGCUAGCAGAUUGGCUAGAGCCAUACCAUGAUUAUGUCCGACCACCACCAGCGGUCGUGUUGGCCGAAGCUGCUAAACAGACGGAGCUCAAGACGGGUCACCCACUAAAGGGCAUUGAGAUUCCGGUGUUGGACGGCCUUUCUAACGGUCACAAGAAAGACGAAGAAGCUCCUCCUGUGACUGAAGCUCCGGCGGAACUAAUGACGUUCUUUGAUGAUAUGAAAGCAAGGUUUGAGAAAGUGAAGGGGCAGCCAUCUCCAACUGAAGCGCUUGCUGUUGCUGCCCUUAUGCAGGAGGCCUUGAUCUUGUUCAUGCUCGAAACUCUGCGCUUCAAGCCUGCUUCUGUAGUCAAGAUACAUAAAUUAGGAAACCUGGUGGCGUCCUUCAAAACUAUCCGAACCCAUGCGCUUGCUGCUGUUCGAGAUGUGUCAGCACAGCUCGUCAAGAUGAGCGAGAAUGAAGGCACUAUUGAGCAACGAAAAAUUAUCGUGGACUCGUGUACUGAAGUCACGAUAUCAGAGCUUGAUCAUGAUUUUGUGUUGAAUGUAGCCAAAAAGCUGUCUGAUGCACGAAAAAAGGUGUUGGAGGGAUAUGGGAAGGGGAUGUCACGCGUUUGCACCCUGUAUGCGAACUGAAGUUGGUCGAAUUGCAUGUUUUAGAUUCCUGCAAGUAAAUAGCAGUCAAAGCGGCGGAUUUGUUUUUGUCUAGUAUUUGUUCGAUGCAAACAACGCGUGACAGAACGUGAAUCAACGCGUUUUUUCGU